CUAAGGGCAGUUGGGGGGGUGGAGCUGAAGGGAAGAGGGCGAAGGAGAGGAGCUGCAGGUGCUGUAGCUGUGACUCCGGUGAAGCCGGAGCAGUGAUGCAGCCACCGCCCCCGGUGCUGAGCAGAAAUGAGAUUUUGCGCUAGGCCCUGAGGCGCUCGGCCGGGGCCGGCCGGCCGGCGGCAGCGGAGAAGCAGCGAGCGGACAGGGAGCAGGCAGGCGCCUUCCGUGCAGAGCCGCUUGCCCCCCGCCCCCAGCCGGUGCCCGGGCGGGGAGAUGCUGGCGCGGGCUGCGGCCCCAGGGAAGGAGUCUGCCUACGCCCCUCGCGCACCGUAGCCCAGCACUCGCCCCUCCGAGAAGCGCGGGGCCCGGGUAGCCUGGGCUGCGGCGGCGGGAUGGUGGAUGUGUUCAGCGGGCGGCCCCUGCUCACGCGGGACGGGCACGCCGUGGAUCCCGAGGAGGUUUUGCAGAACAAGAUCGUGGGCUUGUACUUCUCGGCCGGCUGGUGCUCCCCGUGCCGGGACUUCACCCCGGUCCUGUGCGACUUCUACAGCGAGCUGCUGGAGGGCGCCCGCCCGCCGGCCCCCUUCGAGGUCGUCUUCAUCUCGUCCGACCGCAGCCCCGAGGAGAUGGCCGAGUACAUGCACGACAUGCACGGGGACUGGCUGGCGCUGCCCUUCCACGACCCCUACAAGCAUGAUUUGAAGAAGAAAUACAAUAUAACGGCCAUCCCCAAACUGGUGAUUGUGAAACAAACUGGAGAAGUCAUUACUGACAAGGGAAGGAAACAGAUCAGAGAAAGAGGGCUAAGCUGCUUCCAAAACUGGCUCGAGGGGGCAGAUGUCUUUCAGAAUUUUUCUAACUGAACAAACAUUGGGAGAUGCAAGCAAAACAGUUAGACAAGGCUUGUGGGGGAACUUGCAGAGUUCCCAAACUAUAACUUCUUUGGUUAGAACAGAGGGCAUUGUUGAUUAGGAGCCAUUACAUUUUAGGCCAAACUGUAGAAAGCAGAAUAUGCCAAUAGGCUAACAUAGUUCAGAACAAAUGCACUUACCAUUUUAUUCAUGUUGUCUUGUUUGCUGCAAUUAGUACGAACACCAAAGCAUUCAUAAUAAUAUUCAAGAGUUGUGUAUUGUAGGGAUCUUUCAGACAGAUAGAAGGGCAGUCCUGUGAAAUCUAUGCAAAUGUUUUAUUUUUGCAGAUGUGUACAGGUAAAAAAAACCCAUAUUUUUCUCAACAAGAAGAUUUUUCUGGCGAUUAGCACAUAAUUUAUAUUUAUUGAUAAAACCGAAGUAUACUUGCUUUAAUAAAGUACUAUUU